UAAAUGUUAGCUUUUGUCGAAAACUAAAAGUUGCAUAAAUCCACAUUUCUUGAAAUGCUAAGAUUCUCAUUUUCUGCUACGUUUCUUGACACUCAACGAGGCUGUCUAACACCCCACCAUCGCCGUUGUUGUUUGACCCACGUUUGUAUAUCCAAGUACAGCCAACCCAAAUCAAAUCACAUUCCAAAGCUUCAAUAAUACAUAAAUUCACACUCCAAAGUGUGUUACUUCACACCCAUACUCGUGUUACAACUUUUUGCAGCGUACUUUUUGUCAUUUACACAAAGGGUUGUGAAUGGAUGGUAAUGGAAAGCAUCAAGGUGGUGGAGUAAGCAUGAUGGAGAAGAAAGGUGAAGUGGUGGUGGGGAUUCCGAAUGUGGGUGGUGAGAGUAAUGACUUUGAGCAUGAUCAUGAUCAUGGGUUGAAGCUGUUUGAAUCUAUGCUUCAAGGUGAAAACGAACUUGCUUCAAAGUCACCACCUUUUGACUGUGCUUCCCCUGAGAUAAGGUUCACCCCAAGCCCUAAUAAACCUCCAAAAUAUCCCACUACAAAUGCAAACCUUACCAAGAGGAAAUCUUUUGUGAGAUCGGUGUAUUCUAAACCCAAAUCAAGAUUUGGUGAACAACCUUACCAUGUUGAUGGAACGGUUCUAGAGGAGAAUGUUUUGCAGGAACAGUUAGCUGUUAGUUCAUCUUAUAAGAACUCAUUUAAUAAAGGUUCAUAUUCAUCCAAUUACAAAUCUGAAUCGGUUAAUAGAAGUGUUUCGAUUGCGUCUUUCCUCACUACUAGAACAUCUUGGAGGGCAUCUCCAAGUCAUGCUGGUGAGGAUCCUGAUGAAAUUAUUUACAAGAAAGUUGAGUUUAGUAAGGGCAAGCAUAAGAGACUAACGACUAGGACUUCGAUCGAAUUGUUUGUGUUUGCGUUGAUUGCGGGGAACAUGCUGGCUAGCCUGACUGUUGAGGAACUGAGAAGGAUACAUAUGUGGAGUUUGCGGCUUUGGAGGUGGUGGAUGCUUGCGAUGGUGACCUUUUGUGGCAUGUUAGUUACAAAGUGGUUCAUGCACAUUGUUGUUUUCUUGAUUGAAAUGAACUUUUUGUUGAGGAAAAAGGUGCUUUAUUUUGUCCAUGGAAUGAAGAAAUGCGUCCAGGUUUUCAUUUGGAUCGGUUUGGUUCUUCUCACAUGGGUUCUUUUUAUCAAUCAUGAGGUCCCGCGAUCUAAACUGGCCGGAAAGAUUUUAGAUGGUGUAACAUGGACUCUUGUUUCCCUUCUAAUUGGAGCAUUUCUGUGGGUCGUAAAGACAUUGUUGCUGAAGAUUUUGGCUUCAAAUUUCCAUGUGAAGUCUUUCUUUGAUCGAAUUCAAGAAUCAAUCUUCCAUCAAUAUGUUCUGCAAACUCUCUCCGGGCCUCCACUUUUGGACGAGGACGAGAAGAUUGGAAGAUCGCAGAGGUUGAGCCAUUUUAGUUUCCAGAGUAUUACCAAUAAAGGUGACACAAAGAAAGAGGUUAUUGAUAUGGCAAAACUUCACAGCAUGAAGCAAGAGAAAGUUUCGUCGUGGACGAUGAAGAUUUUGGUAGAUUCAGUGAUGAAUUCAAGGCUGUCAACAAUCUCUAGUUCACUAGAUGAAAGUUUUUAUGAUGUAGAAAAUAAACAAACUGAUAAAGAAAUUACAAAUGAGAUGGAAGCAACUGCUGCAGCCUAUCAUGUUUUCAGAAAUGUCGCUGCUUCCCCUAGUUGCACGGACAUUGACGAGAAUGAACUCCGUAGAUUCAUGAUUAAGGAAGAAGUUCCUUGGGUAUUUCCUUUACUGGCACAGACAGAGACAGGGCUAAUUACCAGAAAAUCUUUAACAGAUUGGGUGUUGAAGGUAUAUCAAGAACGCAGAGCACUUGCACACGCCUUAAGCGACACUAAAACAGCUGUUAAACAAUUAAACAAGCUUGUGACAGUGGUUGUAGUACUUGUGACCGUACUAGUGUGGCUUCUUCUUAUGGAAAUUGCAAACUCAAAAGUACUUUUAUUCAUUGCAUCGCAGCUAGUACUUGCAUCUUUCAUGUUUGCAAACACAUGCAAGAAUAUAUUUGAAGCCAUCAUCUUUGUGUUUAUAAUGCAUCCAUUCGACGUUGGUGAUCGAUGUGUUGUAGAUGGUGUCGAGCUAGUGGUCGAAGAAAUGAAUCUAUUGACAACCGUAUUCUUGAAACUUAGUAAUGAAAAGCUGUAUUAUCCAAACUCUGUCCUGGCCGUAAAACCCAUUAGCAAUUAUUACAGAAGCCCGGAUAUGAUUGAUUCUUUAGAGUUCUGGAUUGAUUUUAAGACACCAGCAGAGAAAAUUGGAGCUCUGAAUGAAAAAAUAAAGAGGUAUGUGGAGAGGACUCCACAAUACUGGCAUGCUAAUUUCGACUUGUUUGUGAGGGAGAUUGAAAAUGUAAAUAGGAUUAAGAUGGGUCUUUAUGUUAUUCACACAAUGAACUUCCAAGACGUUGGGGCGAAACUCAGGCGGAAAAGUGAACUAGUGAUGGAAGUAAAGAGAAUAUUUGAAGAGCUCAAAAUCAUAUACAACCUUCUUCCACAAGCUGUUCAUCUCAGACACACUGAACCUGAUACCAGUUAAUCUUAAACGAUGAUUGUUACACAAUGCUAUUCAACUUCAUGUAUGUCUCCAUUUGUUUCUUUGGUCUGUCAAAUGCCAUUAGUUUGUUUUCUAUGGUAUGUUCAAUUCAUACAUCUGAUCGUGUUGGGCCUUGAAAGAUAAUGUUAACAAUUGUUUUUCAUAUGGUUAUAAAAUUAUAUAUUCAGGACUCUUCUGUCUUA